GGACACUUUGAUGAAAGACCAGCCUGGGUGGGAACAAUGCCUGAGUCAGGACCCUGUGAUGGUUCCCCUUCCUGCGGCUAUUGUAAACACUCCCUCCACUGGACCCUGGCUGAGUUGUUAAGCUGGCAGCUGGGUACCAAACAGCGCUGUGUCACAUGAGAGGCCCGGCUGGAGUCACAGUGGCCCAGGAUACUAUUCUUAGCUGUAGGAAUGUACACAGUGGCCUCAUGGCAAUCUCCACAGCGCCUAACUGGAAACCCUUCCCUGAGUCACUACCCAUUUUCUCUCUGGGUAAUGCUUAAACUGUCUUUCAUUUGGAAUUAAUCCUUUUUUUCUGUCAAGACUGACGACUUUGGAUAAUAUUGGUCCUCCGAGGACAGGAGAAUGGCCACCAGACCACAAGAUGUUUUCUCUUUCAAAGAUGCUGAACUUCCCUCUCACCUGCUCGCAAAGCUCAACGUCCUCCGGCAGGAGCGCAUCCUGACGGACGUCCUGCUCUGCACUGAACACCAGGAGAUCCCCUGCCACAGGAACGUCCUGGUGUCCAGCAGCCCGUACUUCCGCGCCAUGUUCUGCAGUAACUUUCUGGAGAGCAGCCAGGCCCGCGUGAAUCUGAAGGGGAUCUCUUCAAAUGUGCUCAUUGGCAUUGUGGACUAUGUUUAUACGGGCUGCAUCACCAUCACCAUGGACAUUGUGCUCCCACUCAUGCAGGCAGCUUCCAUGCUUCAUUACGGAAGCCUCUUUGAAGCCUGCUCUGUGUUCCUCCAGGAGCAGCUGAGCCCGGAAAACUGCCUGAGCAUGAUCCGACUGUCUGAGAUACUUCACUGUGAGAGCUUGAAGGAGAGGGCCAAGGAGAUGGCUGUAAGGUCCUUCUCUGACGUGGCCGCUACAGAAGAUUUCUGUGAGUUGUCUCUCCCGGAGCUCAUGUGUUACCUAGAAGACGACCGACUUUGUGCUGAGGAGGAACAAGUGUUUGAGACCCUGCUGGCGUGGAUCCACCAUGACCCGUUCUCACGGAGGGGCGCAAUCCACGAUCUCUUCAAGAAAGUCCGUCUGCGCUACAUCCACCCAACUUACCUCUUCCAGUUCAUUGCCAAUGAUCCACUGGUGCAGAGCUCCAGCCUUUGCACUGAGAUAAUCGAGUCAGUCCGUCGCCUUAUGCUUACAGUCAGCGCCAAGUGCAGCCGUGAGCUGAAGCCUCUGUGGACCACACCGAGACGUUAUACCUGCAGAGAAACGCUGGUGGUAGUUGGAGGACGCAAAAACAACGAACAGACUUCAAGGGAAGCGUUACUCUAUGACGAAAGGACUCAGCGUUGGCAGUGGUUGGCCAAGCUCCCCUUGCGCCUCUACAAAGCUGCUUAUGUGUGCAUUCACAGCAUCCUCUACGUCCUCGGCGGGCUCAGCCUCUGCAUGGCAUCAGGCGACAGCUCGGUCAGCGCUACAGUUUACACACUCUCCCUCAAAACCAACCAGUGGAGGACUGCCGAGCCCAUGCUGGAGCCACGAUAUGCCCACCAAAGCGUCUCAUACCUGCACUUUAUUUUUGUGUUAGGAGGCAUCGGUGUAGAUAAGCGCAUCUCUCAGUCAGUAGAGAGGUAUAACAGUAUGUUUAACCAGUGGGAGGCCAUGGCACCCAUGCCCACAGCCGUGCUUCAUCCAGCUGUUGCAGCCAGUGAUCAGAAGAUCUAUGUUUUUGGAGGGGAGGACGCCAUGCAGAACCCAGUCAGGCUGAUUCAGGUGUAUCACAUCGCUCGCAAUCUAUGGUCCAAAUUAGAGACAAGGACUGUGAAAAAUGUUUGUGCUCCCGCCGCCGUCAUAGACGACAAGAUCUAUAUCAUAGGAGGGUACACCACGCGAAUGAUUGCCUACGACACCAAAGCCAACAAAUUCUUCAAGUGUGAGAACCUGAAGGAGCGACGAAUGCAUCACAGUGCUACAGUGAUCAACGGCAAGAUCUACGUCACAGGUGGACGCAUCCUGAAUGGCCACGACGUCAUCGAGGACUCGGACUGCUUCGAGUGCUACGACCCAAAAACAGACGUUUGGACCUCUAAAGGUUCUCUGCCAUACAAGCUGUUCGACCACGGCUCUCUCCCACUAGUCUGCGUUUCCAACAGACCAAACCCACCAUGACCCACCAUCUAAUCACGGCUUGCUCCUUUUUAUUGUAAUCUCCACCUGCCCUUUGCCAUUAUUUAUUGGCUUCUAACAGAAAUGGGAAACCAUGUCAGAGUGACACCAUUCUUUCACGCAGCUCAGUAAAGCGGCAUUUAAGGUCGGGCUGACUUUCAUCUGCAUCAGAGAAGAAGAGCUCAGCUGGCAUGCAGAGGUGUCAUUUCUAAGCAUCUGGGGCGGAAGUGAACCGAGGACCCCAGAAAUGAUGAGAGGCAGCUACUCGGACACGUAUGUAAUCCAAACAGCUCUUUAAAAGCUGUUUCCGCAGAUGGAUACACUUGUAUAAAGCAAACUAAAUUGUGUUAAUACUGUAUUUUCCAAGAUAUUUGAACACAGCCUGUCACUCUGCAGGGCAGCUGCACUUAACUCUUGACAAAACUGAAACUGGUUAAAUAAUUUGCACUUUAUAGGUCAAAAAAUAAUACAUUCCUUCUUGACCCUGAUGUGUAUCAGAGGGAACUGAUUAAUGAG